AAUUUUGCAAAAUCAUUUUAAAUUAUUCUUUUAUAUAUAAUGAGCACACUACAUGAAUAUUUCCUGAAAAUCUAUACUAUUUUUAAUAGAAAUCAAAUUUAAAGUUUGAAUUUUUAGAACCGCGCCAAAAACGCUAUUCCUGUGAUGGCGCCGGCAGAUGACGUCUGUGACGUCACGCGCCAGUAAACACGAUUACGAGCUGUCAGCCGAAGUUAAUUUCUGUGCUUGAUUUUGCUAUAAAAUCAUAGAUAAAAUGGUCUAUAAAUGGUGUGUAGUGCCAAAAUGUACGAAUACGUCUAUAAAUAGUCCACAAACAUUGUUUGUUUCUGUUCCAACCGAUUGUAAAAGACGAAAAAAGUGGUUACUAUUAGCUCGGAGAGACCCAAAGGGCAUUUCAUCGACUUCAAAUGUAUUUAUGUGUGAAGAUCACUUCGAUAUGGAAAAAGACACCAUUAACUACAUGCAGUACAAAAUGGGUUUCAGAAAGAAGAUACUUUUGACAGAAGAUGCUGUGCCAACAAAAUUUCAUUGUCAAGAAGAUCGUAAAAGACCACUGUCUGAUGCUGGACUUUCUCGAGGAGCAUAUGUCAAGAGGAAAAGAAUGGAUUUGGUCAACACAUGUUUGCAAAGUCAAAAUGCUACUGAAGCCCAAGCUGAAAGCUUACAAAAAGAUGAGAGUUUGAUACAAGACAUUAUUGAACCUCAAGGUUUAUCAAGAACUCAAGACAGAGAAACUAUUACCAACUCUAUCAUAACUGCAGAAAAAUCUGUGCAAGUAACAAUAAAAGAGAAUGUGCAUCAUAGGAGCAAAUCUGUGCAAACAAGAUGCCAGACUACAAGUAUUUCUACCUCACCAAUGAAAGUUUCUACAACAUCUCGUUCCACUUCGCCCUUUAAGAUUAAACCAUGCAGUCUUCGACCACCACAGUCUGAAAUUGUCAAAGCAGUCAAGAGAAAUGUUUUUCUUGAAGAUGAAAAGUCAGAUAGUGAUAUUUCCUGUAUUGAAAGUGGUCGUCAUUUAUCACCUUUUGUAACUAAAUCAGCAUCAUCAUCAUCAGGGCUUACGGACUCUGAUAGUAAUGUUACAGAUGCCAAUGAGAAUAUUGAAAAAUUAGAGUGCCUCAAAAUUACUAUGCGUUCAAUCUCUAAAAAACCAAUGAUGUAUGUUGGUAUUCCAAAAGAAUGUUAUUUCUUAAUCAAAUUGUUACAUAAACACACAAGCAUAAAAGUAGAACACAUUUUGCUAUGCUUGAAAAAGAUUAGAAUGAACAGUACAUUUUCUGAACUGGAGGAUAAUUUUGGAAUAUCAUUAUCUUAUGCUAGUAAAUUGUUUCUACAAAAUAUACCAAUAAUAGCUAGUGUUUUAAGACCAUUCAUUGUAAAUAUAGAUAAAAAAUUGAGCAACAAAAGAUGUAUAAAAUGCACCAUAAUUUUUGUUCAAAAGUUUUCAAAACUCAGGGGUUUGCUAAGGAACACAAGGCCUGAUCUGAAAUCUAUCAGACAUCUUUAUGAGGAAGGUAGAUUUCAGUACAUUAAUGAAAAUUUGAAUGAAGUUACACGAAAUUUCAUCAACUCCCAGUUAAGAAAUGACAAAUGCAAAAAGAAUGGUCGUCGCUGGACUGUGCAUGAUAAAGCAUGGGCAUUAUCAAUGUACAAGCAGAGCCCUAAGCUCUAUAGGUACUUGCAGUCAUAUUUUCAGCUGCCUAUGAUUAGGACUUUGAAGUCAAUUCUUUCUAACAUUCCUUUCCAUUGUGGGGUAAUCAAGCCUGUUUUUGAAAAUCUGAAGCUAAAGGUGCAGGAUAUGGAUGACCUUGAUCGCAAUUGCUCAUUAAUAUUUGAUGAAGUAGGCCUGAGAUACCACAAGUACUACUCAUUUGAAGAAGGCUUGUAUGUUGUCGCAACGGUCAGUGACCAGGGAACCACAAAUAGAGCUGCACUCAAGGCUCUGUGUGCUGAAAAUCGGGAUAGGCCUAGUCCCUAUAACUCUGUUGUCAAUGGGCAGAAGAUUGUAACAAUAUGUGAUGUUCCACACUUGCUGAAGAACACUCGGAAUGCCUUAAUAAGCAAUGGUAUCGAAUUUGAACGCGGUAAAAUUGCUAGAUUUAAGUACAUUGAGGGUGCUUAUAAUCUAGAUCAGGAGAAGAGAACAUACAGGAUGCUCCCAAAACUGCGGCCAGAGUACUUCAAUUUUCAAAAUACUUUAUGA